AUAUAGAUAAAAUGCAGGCCCUCUGAGGUUGGAAUUUGAAAAUUGUUUUUGUUUUAGUUGUGUGGAAAUGGGAGCAUGACAGCACGAAAAUCGAAAUUUUUAUCUAGUUUUUCUCCAUUCAAAUUACAAAUUUAAUACACAUCGCACCUCAACCACAAUCAUCUGCUGAGACAUUUGGCGUGUGUGUAACAUGGCAAGUUGUAGCAACCGCUUAUUGAAAUUAGUGAUUUUGGGUGACAUGGGAGUGGGCAAGACAUGUCUGAUGCGUCGUUUAAUUUAUGACCAGUUUGAUGUUAAUUCGUUUCCAACGAUUGGCGUUGAAUUUCUCACCAAAGAGAUUCAUCCAGAAGGUGCUGAACAUGAAACCUUCACCUUACAGAUUUGGGACACAGCUGGACAGGAGAAGUUCCACAGUUUGCGAACCCCAUUUUACAGAGGGGCUGAUGUCUGCAUGUUGACUUACAACAUAGCAGACAGGAACACUUUUUACGACUUGCAAUACUGGCUAAAGGAGUUCAUCUUCCACGCCGGAGUUGGGGCUAAUUUUCCCUACAUUAUUGUUGGGACAAAGCUCGAUCUGGCCGAUGAGUUGCGAGAUGUUCCUGCAAACUGGGCGGAGGAGUGGUGCCAAGCAAAGGGAAUCAAAGCGAUUUGUCUAGAAACGUCGUCAAAGACGCGAACAAAUGUGGAAGAAGCGUUUCACGCUGCACUCACUAUUUGGAUUCGGAAUUCUGCUCAAAGUCCGACUUCCAACCUGGAUUUCAGCUUCAGGCAGUUUGAACUGCGCUCCGAAGAUUUGGUUAAUAUCAACAGGAGACAAGAACUGGAGGAACGCCGAAGGAGCAAUUAUUGCUGUUUGAAAAUGUGAUUCUCCUCUUUUUUGACUUUGCUAUUUAUACUUUAGAGCUGUGAGAGAUCAAUGGCUCCAAUUUGCCAAAAAAAUGUUUUUUGAUUAUUCCAGAAAAUAACUUUUUUAUA